AUGUACGUACAUGCCAAGACGGAUGGUGAAAUGCAAAAAAAAAAAAUGCGCCUUUGGGAAUUGCAUGGGGCAAUUAAUGCCGGGUUGACUCCGAUCUUGACAUCGCCAUACGGGACAAAAGCAUCUGAAAUAACCCGUUUCAGAUGGUGCGUAAACCCGCCAUCAAACUCAAUUUUGGUAGGUAGGUGCAUGCGUCUCAUAUGCCCAGACCAUCUGCACGCGGUAAGAUCAUGCCGGCCAAGUUCCACACGGGCACGGGCUACAACCACCGCACGCGACGCACAUCACGCGACUGCCGGAACUCGUCGCUGGUGUCCGCUGAUUUUAAUGGAUCUUGGUGUUUGGGUGGGAAAGCGUUUAGCUGGGUUUGUGGGUGUUUGGGCUUGUGGUGUUGGGCCUCCUACACUUCUCACCAAUCGCGAACGUCAAGUCUCCAUCAUGACAGACACUGCCGCCUAUGAAUAUCCUGCCAUUCGUAAGUCUUUUCAACGUUUCCAAAUUAUGUUUGCAUGCAGAAUACUAAUCCAGCAUCGCAGAGCGAUUUAG